CAGGUGGCACCGGCCAGAAGACGGAAUGGGGGGGUGCAUGCUUCCUACCGCUUCGGGCUACAGCAGGGUGCAACUGCCAAAGAGACCCGGGCGGACUAGUAUGCAUCUGGCGCCGAGUUCGCUGUAGGCGGGUGCACGCAAUUGCUUCGAGAUCUCGCGCGCUUUCAGACGCUGUUGCCUCCUCAUCACGAGGAUGUUGCUGUUGACAAUGCCAGGGCCCCUUUGGUUUUCAAUCAUGGGAUGGCGAGAUGUGUUUCUGCUGUCUCCAGUAACCUCACCUCCUUGAAUCGACGGAAACACCACCACCGCUGUGUGCUACCCCAGAUUAUUCGCCAUCAUGGCACAGCAAGAGAACACCAGCAGAUGCUCUCCGGUCGAACCAUCCCAGCCUCGGUUUCCCGAAAACACCCGAGACAUUCCGGGACUGACACGCCCAAGUGAGAUCACUGAACACGCACGCAUAAGACGCAAUACCGCCUGUGUGCGGUGCCGGGAUGCCAAAGUGCGCUGUAAUGCCAGCUCUGCCUCGGGCCAGCCAUGUCUACGAUGCUCCAAGCUCGAGCUCCAAUGCGUGGUGGAUAAAAGUCAUAAGCGGACGUCGAGGAGGAGGUAACAUGAAUUUCGACUCAGCUUAGUAUCCAAGACUAACCAUCGGCAUUCACUCACACAGUAAACUAGAAGAACUGGCUGUUGAAGUGCAGAAUAUCAAGGACGCUGUGGUAGCUCCUCGCCCAAUUCUUGAUCUUCACCAGCAUCACCAACCCUCCCAUCUCCACCUACGAGCCCAGUCUAUUUCCACCGAGCCCAGUUAUAUACCGUCUCUGUCAACCACCAGUAUCAGUGCCAGUAACGCCAGUAGCAGCACCGUCUUCGGUCGGCCCAGGCUCUGCUCAGCCUCUAGCGAAAAUGCUGUUGUACCACCACCACUUACACCAGCAGGUAGCAAUGUUCCGUCGACAACUUGCCACACUCAGCACCCUGCCGAGCCAAGGGCACUCGGGUCUCGAGUCUUUUCAGGGGAAGACAUAGACUACUACUUUGAAAAGUACUUUGAGCACUUCCACCCCUACCUCCCAAUAGUUCGCACCAAAGACCCAAAUGCAUGCUACCGACGAGGGCAGGUCCUCUUUUGGGCCAUCAUUAUGACCGCCUGCCGCCGGUUCUCCCGGGACGACACCGCCUUUCGGUUUCUGAUCGACUCCCUACUGCCACAAAUAUGGAGCGCCAUCUCACAACCGCCACUAGAUCUAUCAGUCAUCAACGCUGUCUUGCUGCUAGCAACAUGGCCCUUUCCCACAAUCAGGUUUUUGUCUGAUCCAUCAAUGAUCUUUGCAGGGAUAGCCAUGAACUCGUCCUUCUUGAUGGGGCUUCAUACCGGCAGGGGAACCCAUUCGGAGUUCAAGCAUGCCACCGAGGUGAAUGACACGACAGACGAAGAGGCUACUUUUACUUGGGCGGGAUGUGCCAUCAUCUCUCAUCGGGUGUCGGCAUACAUGGGCUGCCCAUCAGCUAGUUCAUUGUUCAACAAGACAGUCGACCAGUUGCUCGAUGGCAGCAGUCAGUUUCCACUACCCAGGUAUUUUUACCUGCAUUUGGAAACAGCGCGGUUUGCGAAUCGGGUGAGCAGGACCAUGUGUGCUUCGCUGGAGGAAGCUCAGGGGGUGAGUCAUCACUUGGUGGCGUACAUGGAGGAGGAGUACACCAAGGUUCAGAGGCUGUUGUAUCCAGACAACUCAGACCUCGACCAUUUCACCCUUUUGUCUACCCUCCUCGAGAUCCAAACUUAUUACUUCAUGCCUUUGCCCGGCUACAGCCCCGAACUCCUCAAAAGGAACCUCAUCAAAUGCUACACCACGGCCGAAUCCCUUAUCCACCAAGCGGCCUCGAGACUACACCGGGAAACAGCCUUCCUGCACUACGCUCCUCACUUUGUGUUUCGGACUCUUUUGUCAGCGAUCUGCGUGGUGAUGAGGGUUCAUUUGUCUUCUUAUACCAAGGGGUUUCAGGCAGACACUGUUGACGCGCUGAUCAAGGAAGCGAUUAGAGCGCUGAGGAUAUGUUCUGUGCAAGAAGGGGACUUGCAUGUGAGAUGUGCGAGCAUGCUGGAAAGUUACUGGGAGAUAAGAAAAAGGUCGAAUCACUGGUGUAGGACGGGGGUGAGCGUGUAUACACAUCGUCUGGGGGCGAGCUUGACGUUUGAUUGCUUGAGGAGGUGGAAGAGGGAUGUGGAGGAUGCGAGGGAUAGUGGGAGGGGGGUGAUUGGGCCUGGGGGGACGGAGGAGGGUGAGGAUGGGGGGAAGAAGGUGGAAAAUAACAAUGUGAAUGUGGGAGGGGUUGAGAGAGUUGAUGAAGGACCGAGACCGACGGCAAAUGCGGAUUUGGGACUGGCGGAUCCGUUUCAACGGUUUGACUGGAGUGUGUUUAUGGAUGAUUUUGAUUGGAGCUUCACGAAUACGUCUACUUCGCCGGCGUUUAUGGGGCCUAUGGGACCGACUUGAGGAGGGGGUUUGUUGGUAUAAUAAUAUACAUGAUCGUGUUCUUUGCUAGGGCUCGAGAUGCCUGCUCCGUUCCUGCUCGCUCAUCAUCGUUGCAGCUUGUUGUCGUUGUUUGAUGGUGGUGAUGGCUCAACGAUGGAUAUGAACAUAUUGGGAAAUAGUCACAAGAUAACAGUAGACGAGAAGGCAGUUGGCGAGAAGGA